AAAUACUGAUUUUAUUCUAUUGAUACCAAAAUAAAAUGGUACAUAGAACAAGCAUGAUAACUCUCUGCCAUUAGUGUUGACUCGUGAAGGUAAACAAGACAGAGAGGAGGUGCAAUUGGUCAUUAGUGAAGUGCUUGGUUUACUCUUGCUAAUAUGAUCUCGUUGGCCAUUCCUGACUUUGGAACAUGGGAAGGAAAGAUAUUUGUGGGUAUCCUAGGAUUUUCGUGGGCCACUUACAUGUGGGAGGAAUACUUGGCGUACAGACAGCGUCGAGUAUACCGAGAGAAAGUGGAGCCACCAGAGGAACUGAAGGGUAUCAUGGAAAGAGUCACAUAUGAUAAGGCUCGGGCAUAUGGUCUUGACAAAAGUAAUUUUAGCCUUAUUGAGGGAGCCUUCAAUCAGGUUUUGAGCACGGGUAUUAUGGUGUGUGGAGGCUUUCCUGCAUUAUGGACAGCCUCUGGAAGGUUGGCGCAGUGGUUUGGGUUUGCUCCUGACUCAGAAAUCCCUCAGACAGUAACUUUUGUGUGUCUGGGGUCAUUAAUUAACACAUUCAUCAGCCUUCCCUGGUCAACCUACUUUACCUUUAAGGUGGAGCAGAAACAUGGUUUUAACAAACAGACUCCAGGAUUCUUUUUAAAGGACAAACUGAAGAAAUUCAUAGUGUCACAGAUGAUAUCUGCACCAGUCGUGUCUGGUUUGGUCUACAUCAUCAGGGUUGGUGGAGACUACUUCUUUUUGUACCUGUGGGGUUUCACAAUGAUUGUUGUAAUGUUCUUCAUGACGGUCUAUCCAGAUUACAUAGCACCACUCUUUGACAAGUACGAACCACUUCCUGAGGGUGAUCUCAAGACCAAGAUUGAAGAAUUAGCAGCACAGAUUGAAUUCCCUCUUACUAAACUUUAUGUAGUGGAAGGUUCAAAGAGAUCAGCACACAGCAAUGCUUACUUCUAUGGAUUUUUUAAGAACAAACGCAUUGUGUUGUAUGACACAUUAUUGGAGGAAUACACUCCGCUCAAUGAAAAUGAAGAAACCAAGGAAUCGGUCAAGGAAGACAAAAAUGGCAAGAAGACUGGAUGUAAUACAAGUGAGGUGUUGGCCGUUUUGGGUCAUGAGCUUGGCCACUGGAAACUCAACCAUGUUCUUAAGUUUAUCAUUAUCUCACAGGUGAACCUGUUUUUGGUCUUCUCAGUGUUUGGUUCCCUGUACAAGUACUCUCCACUCUACCGAACAUUUGGAUUCUAUCAGAAUCAACCUGCAUUUAUUGGCCUCAUUAUUGUCAUGCAGUUUGUGUUUGCUCCAUAUAACGAGAUUUUGCAGUUUUUGCUGACCAUGUUUAGUCGCUACAAUGAAUUUCAAGCUGAUGAUUUUGCCACAAAACUUGGCCACGCAAGAAACCUCAAGUCUGCCUUGAUUAAACUUAAUGAAGACAAUCUAGGUUUCCCAGUGUAUGACCCACUGUAUUCUGCCUGGCAUCACUCACAUCCACCUAUACUGGAAAGAAUCAGGGCACUAGAAGAGAAAAAGAAGGAAGAUUAAUUCCUAAAUGCAGACUAGAACUUAAUUCUAAUAAUAAUUUUUUCUCAUCCUGUGUUGAAUAAGGAAAACUGUGUGUUUUGAAGAAACUCUAUUUGGCAUUAAUAUGUACAUAUUAUAAGUGUACUGUACUGGUAAUGUUGGAAAGGUAAGCAAGUACCGGUACCUUGAUAUUUAAUUUUCUUCUCUACCAGUUUUUGUGAUGUGUAUAUUUUUGAGACUAAAAUCUAAUUUUUUUUGACAGAAUAAUUUGGGUAGGUAAUUCAUAAUUUUCAAAUGAAAGGAGUAAUGAAAAGAAAAGUACAGGUAGUGUAUCAAUUAUCCGUGUCUCAAAAUUUCAUAAAUUUCAAAUCUUUGGCCAUUUUUAGUUAAGUGCAGUACAGUAGUUCAAAAGUGCCCAGAUUGUUUGAGUGAACAUUCUUAAUUAGUACCCAGAUUUUCAGAUAGGUGGUACAGUUUGACCUUAUCUAAUCUGGCCACAUUCUGACCAUGGCCAGGCCAGAUGAUAGAAUUUUCCAUUAAAAAAGGUCAAUAUAUAAUGGUGCAUUAGCCUAAGCUACACUUAGCCUAAUGCCCUGUAAUAUUAUGGGUUUUUCGUAUCCAUAUUUUACAUAUAAUAUCAUAGUGAAUAAAUUUAAUAAACAAGUAAUGUGACAAUAAUAUGUGAUAAAUGUAUAAUUAAUGAAAUAAAAAAAAAUAAUGUAGUAAUACUGUAAGUAGACUGCAUGCAUCCCAGGCCAUUCUUGGUCAUAGGGCAGUUACAAACAUAACUCACAUGAUUGGGUGUUUUCAAUUUUGUUGUUGUUGUUCUCACACCCAUGCAUCCAAAAAGGAAAUAUUUUUACAGAAACACUCAUAAUUGACCAAAAUUACCCGGUAUACAGAAUGUAAUAUCGUACAUUUGUUAGAUGACCACCCACCACCACCACAUCCACCCUGCAUCAGUUAGCUGGCACAUUCAUUUACAUCUGUUAAUGUAUUACUUGUACCACUUUUAUGCUACUACUGUAAAACAAUAAGCAUUUAAUAAUUGUAAGAAUUCAUUAAAGAAUUAAAUUUU